AUGUCAAGAUGCUCUUCUCUUGAUCGCUCAGGAUACGCCUCUUCAUCUUCGCAUGUUCGCGAUAUUUCUUCGGCUUCUUCUAGCUCUUCGGUAUCGUUAAAUGAACAAUCUUCAAGCAAAAUUGGACCUCACUUAGCUCAUUUCUGGCCAGAGGAUGGAGAUGAGCCCAUCUAUUCCGGUUCAGUAAGCGAACAAUUGCACAAAGUACUUACACAAAUCAAUGUUGAUGAAUGCGCCGCAAAUGGAGAAAAUGCUUUCUUCAUCGCUGAUAUGGCAGAAGUAUAUCGUCAACAUUUACGUUGGAUGCGAGAAUUACCCAGAGUGGUGCCUUUUUACGCUGUCAAAUGCAAUCCUGAUCCGUACAUCUUGCGCCUUUUGGCUUCUUUGGGUACCGGUUUCGAUUGUGCGUCCAAUGGAGAAAUUCAAUCGGUCUUGCAAAUGGGAAUUCAUCCCGAUAGAAUCAUCUAUGCCAAUCCAUGCAAGGCCGCUUCUUUCGUUCGCAAUGCUGCCAAACAAGGCGUUAAACUUACAACAUUUGACAACCUUGACGAAUUGGAUAAGAUCAAAAAAUUCCAUCCUACUGCAAAGCUGGUCAUUCGUAUCCUGACUGACGAUAGCAAGAGUGUAUGUCAAUUAGGACUCAAAUUCGGUGCACCAAUGCAGGUUGUGCCUAAGCUGUUGCAACGAGCUCGAGAAUUGAAUUUGGACGUCGUAGGAGUCAGCUUUCACGUUGGUAGUGGCUGUUAUGAUGCAAAUAGCUUUCGCGAUGCCGUUCAAAGGGCGCGCGAUGCUUUUGAUAUGGCUUCAGAAGCAGGUUAUUCUCUAGACUUCUUGGAUGUUGGAGGAGGUUAUGCACACGAAAAUUUCGAAUUAAUCGCAAAGGUUUUGCGUACAGCGUUGGAUGACUUCUUCCCUGAUGUUGAUUUCGCACCUGGAGGUCGACUUUGCCCAGACGGAUUGCGAAUCAUUGGAGAACCAGGACGUUAUUACGUUCAGAAAGCCUUUGUUCUAGCGGCCAAUAUCAUUGCAAGACGUGAUGGAACCAGUGAUGCAGAAACGGCACAAGAAUCGAACCCAUUGCAAAUCUCUGAUGCAGCUUUGACGUCAAGCGUGACAACCGAUGAUAAGCCACAAGUGAUGUACUAUCAAAAUGACGGUGUUUAUGGCGCUUUUAACUGCAUCCUUUUUGAUCAUCAAAUCGUACAACCAAAAGUGUUGACAUUGCAACGUCAAUUCGCUUAUCGUCCUGAUUUGCCUGCACCCGGUGUUGAGCAUCAAAAACUACAGGCAUGCAGCAUUUGGGGUCCUACCUGUGAUUCGAUUGAUUGCGUACGACCGAUGACGUAUUUGCCGAAUCAACUUCAGGUAUCCGAUUGGUUGUUAUACGAGAACAUGGGUGCAUACACCAUUUGCGCCGCUUCUGGCUUUAAUGGCUUACAAACCAGUCAAGUUCGUUAUACGAUUGGAGCACAAGGCCAUGAUGCUGAUAUGGUUCGCACGCUUUUAGAAUGCUAA